AUGACAUCAUCCGUCCCUGGUACCGGCAAGACGAUACACACGGCGGCAUGCCUCAUCAUCGGCGAUGAAGUGCUCGGCGGGAAGACCGUCGACACAAACUCCGCUUUCUUCGCGAGAUACUGCUUCUCGCUCGGAAUCCAGCUCAAGCGCGUGGAAGUCAUUGCUGACGACGAAAGCGAGAUCAUCGAAGCCGUCCGCCGCAUGAGCACUAAUUAUGACUUUGUCGUGACCAGCGGUGGCAUUGGCCCAACCCACGACGACAUAACCUACUCCUCCAUCGCCAAAGCCUUCAACCUCAAUCUUAAACUACACAAACCCGCCUUCGAUCGCAUGAAGGCCCUCUCAAAACCCCACCCCCUCCAGCCCGCCUUCGACUGGGACACCCCGUCCCCAGGCCUCACGGCCAAGCUGCGUAUGGUGGAGAUCCCGCACGACGAAUCUGUCCCACUCGAGCAGCAGGCUGUCUUCGUCGCAGACGACAUGUGGGUGCCCAUCGCCAUCGUCAACGGCAACAUCCACAUCCUGCCUGGCGUGCCGCGGCUCUUCGAGCGCCUCCUUGAACAUCUUCGACCUUCGCUGCUCCCUAGACUAGUGAACCCCGAGGGCAAGGGUAUAUACCGGUACUUGUUUAGCACGCCGCUUCCGGAGAGCGCGGUUGCGCCGUAUCUUACGGAUCUAGCAGGGAGGACGGAGGAUAGGGGUGUCAAGGUGGGAAGCUAUCCGCGGUGGCAGAAGAAGCGGAAUACGGUUACGCUUGUGGGAACGGAUAAGGAGCUUUUGGAUUCGCUUAUCCCAGAGGUUGAGCAGAAUGUGCAGGGAACGAAGGUUGAUAGGGAAGAUGAGUUGGAUACCCCUUCUGAUGAUGAGGAGGCGAAAUAG